GAACCCGAUCGGGGGCAACAAGUGGUAGCCUCGGGGCCAGGCCAAAACAACCGCCGCCGCGCUGGCGGCUUGCCUCUCGGUGAUCUGACAAAGAAGCCCGCGAGCUAACACGCCAUUGGUCCAUCGCGGGAUGCUGUGGGCCCCGAGGAGAAGAGAGGGAGGCCCCGCGGCUGCGCCGGCUUUCAGUAGUCGCGCGAACGUCCUGUGUUGUGCGUGUCGCUGUUGCUGCUGCUGCUGCCGCCGCUGUUGGUUUCGCGUACUAACACGUAAAACGCUGUCGUGUGCCACACUUUUCCGACGAUAUAUCUCGCGGAUCGCGCGCGUUUUGGAGUAAUAUGUCGCGUCCGUCGUUCGACGACCGGAGACUUCGCGAUUGACGGAUAGUUUCGAUGCGGACGACGUCGCAGAACCGACGCCUCUGUUACAGUGAUGAUGUGCAGUGUCGUGUGGCGACUGUUGUGUAGGAGCAUGACCCAUGGAUAUUUUCUCCUGCAGUUCUUCCUGGUGUUGACCCUGUUACAGCGCACGCAUGGCUCGGGCUUUUUCGAGCUUCAAGUGCUCGAGAUGGCUAAUCCUCGCAGCGAACUGUCCGCCGGACAAUGCUGCGGCAGUGGACAACGUUCCCCCAUCACCAACCGAUGUUCCUCCCCUUGCCAAACGUUUUUCCGUCUGUGCCUCAAAGAGUACCAGAGCAACGUCACCAGUACGGGUUCGUGUUCUUUCGGGAAUUCGUCGAGCCAGGUGCUCGGCAGAGAUACUUUCACCCUGUCAGAUCCGGACAGAGGCAAGCUGGUGUUGCCGUUUACGUUUCGAUGGACGAGAUCCUUUACUCUCAUUCUGCAGGCUGUGGACCAUAAUAAUUUUUCUAUUCCUGCCACUAACGAUAUAAUCGAAGAGGCGACCUACUCGGGGAUUAUCGACCCCAGCGCUGAGUGGCACACCCUCAAUCAUCGGGGCCCGCGUGCACACCUCACCUACAGGGUGCGCGUCAAAUGUGAUAUUCACUACUACAAUUCAACGUGUACAAAAUUUUGCCGGCCGAGGGACGAUAAAUUCGGCCAUUUUAUCUGUGAUGCUAAUGGUGAUAAGGAGUGUAUAGAGGGAUGGAAAGGAUCGACUUGUGAUGUUGCUGUCUGUAAACCCGGGUGUCAUCCAGUUCAUGGAAAGUGCGAUUACCCCGGCGAAUGCAAUUGUCGACCUGGAUGGAGGGGUGAUUUUUGCGACCAAUGCGAGCCCUACCCUGGAUGCAAGCACGGUUACUGCAAUGGUUCGUCGUGGCAGUGCAUCUGCGACACGAACUGGGGAGGAAUUUUAUGCGAUCAAGACCUGAACUAUUGCGGAACCCACGAACCUUGCCUGAACGGCGGCACGUGUGAAAACACCGCCCCCGACAACUACUUAUGCACCUGUCCCGAAGGAUUUUCCGGCGCAAAUUGCGAGGUGGUGGACAACCCUUGCGCCCCCGCCCCUUGUUUACACGGCGGGACGUGUCUCGAAGCCGGGGGUUCCUUUAGCUGCGAGUGUACAGCCGGCUGGAUGGGACCCACGUGUAACAUCGACAUUGAUGAAUGUGCUUCAGCUCCCUGUCAGAACGGCGGUACCUGCGUAGAUCUGGAGGACGCGUUCAGAUGCGAGUGUACCCCAGCGUGGGAGGGGGACCUGUGUCAAUUCGAUGCUGACGAGUGCCUGAAAAACCCGUGCAUAAACGCCAUGUCGUGCACGAAUUUGGUGGGCGACUACCAUUGCAAGUGCCGCGUGGGCUGGAUGGGCAAGAACUGCGACCAGAACAUCAACGAUUGCAUCGGACAGUGUCAACACGGGGCUACUUGCAUCGAUCUGGUUAACGAUUAUCACUGCGCCUGUCAACCCGGAUUUACCGGAAGGGACUGCCACACGGACAUAGACGAAUGCGCGUCGAAUCCGUGCAGGAACGGAGGAGAAUGCGUGGACCAAGUAAACAGUUACAGGUGCAUCUGCCCCGUCGGGAUUACCGGACACGAGUGUGAGUACGGGAACAAUUGGGUGCUGGACGGUAUCCGAGUGGUGGGAGAAGCGAUUUCGAGAAAACAAACGUCCCUGCUCGCCUUGACGUCGAUAGUCGAGGUCAAAGUCGAGACGGCUCUAGUGUCCGGAGAGCAACCUAGCAACAAGCUGGUCAUCGCGCUGGUCUGUUUUAUAAUAAUCGGACUAUGCACCGCCGGUUUCGCUGGUCUCCUAUACGUACGUCAAAGGAGGAGGAGCCUCGGCCUGAGCGGCAUGAACUUGUCGCCUUCCUCGGACACGUGUCACAGAAAUCACGAGGACGAAAAAUCGAACAACUUGCAGAACGAAGAAAACCUCAGAAGAUACGCAAACCCGUUAAAAGAAGACGGCAGCAUGGGUAGCAUCAAUGCGGCGAGCGCGUGCGCUCUCGACAUGCCCCGCGUCAGCGUAGUGCGCCCCCUAUCGUCCAUCAUCCCCGCGGAAACGUCCAGCGAAAUGCUCGAGAUGAUUUCGGAGGUCGAAUGUCCGAAUUCCCGGAAAACCAUGUUGGUUUUGCCGGGCACCAGCGGUUCCGAGAACAACCUGAAACUGCACGAGACCAUGACGCUGGGCGACGGUCUGAGCCCCGCCCACCGAAGCAGUCAGAUCAUGCUCUACAAGGCUCAGAAUCCGGACGUCCGGAAAAACACCGCGGCUUUCGACGACUCGUCGGGCCACAAGGACUUUAGCAAGAGCAUCAUCAACGUCAACAAACAGAGAACUAUGCACAACACCAGUGCCAGUGCGGACGUGUUGACCGUUCUCGUUUAGGUCGGGGAACGCCCACCUCGCACUUCCGACGACAGUAUAAUUAUUUAUGUUUUUUUUUUCUGAUUUUGUGCAAUUUAGUUGUAGGAGAGUAGAAGAAACCGUUAUGGGUUUAUAUAUUAUUCAUACAGGGUUAGUAAAAAGUACCGGAACCCUUGAACAUCUCGAAAGCUGCCAAAACUGGAAUGAUGCAGAUAUUUGGAAUUUUGAUCACAGUUCUAAAGUUUCCCUUGUUCAAAAACCUCCCAGAUUUUGAGAUGCACAGAUUUAUUACGUUUUACGUUUUAAAAAUGAUAACUAUGUUUUUCUUCAUGUUUUCUUGGUCAAUAUAGGGUAAAUCUGUUAAAAGUUUUUUAGAAACAGGUAAAGUUGAUCUUAACAAUUGAUUGUUUAAAAGCUCAGAUGGCGAAAAUCCCAGAUCAUUACCAAAUUCUUUACAUUCCUUUAGAAUAUUUUUACCUAUAGCAACAGGUUUUCCAUGAUGUCCAUUUGACUUGGAAUAUCGAGGACUCGUGAACUAACCUCAGAAGGUAUACCAUGUGUUAUUAUUUGUGGGGUGGUUUUGCUGAGGAAUGAUCUUAAGUCAAUUACUUAAUUGAAAGAUAAUCUUUAUCAGCGUAAGUCAACCGAUAAUCAAUAAACAAUAAAUGUUGAUGAACAAAUAGGUUAUCUUUUAAUUUAAAGAAAGAUCGAAUUUCCGGUUUCAAAAUAGACUUAACAUCAUCAGGAAAAAGCAAAAUCUCAAUAGUACAGAACUUGGUCAAUAUAGGGUAAAUCUGUUAAAAGUGUUUUAGAAACAGGUAACUUUGAUCGAUUGUUUAAAAGUUCAGGUGGUAAAAGUCCUUUAAGUGAAGCUUCAUGCAAAUCAUUACCAGAUUCUUUACAUUUCUUUACUUACUUAUAGCAACAGAUUUCUAGGCAAGUCCAUUUGACUUGUGAUAUCGAGGGCCGAGUUUAAAUUCCAACUUUUUGUGAAUUCUUUCAAUUCUUUACUACCAAAAGGCAUGUUAUCGGAAACAAUCUCAGAUAUGUAGAAAAAAUUACUUUUAAGAGGAAUUGUCUCAAGCCUAAGUUAAAAUAUCAGCCGUGAUUUUAAGAAACUGAAAAUCUGACGAUUCAUUUUGUAUUAACUUUUGUAUUAAUGGUUUUGAUACGAAAUCGUGAACAUGUUUAGAUAAUCCUGGCCAUUAAAAUAACUUUCUAGCCUACAUGUAAUUUAGUUAAGAUUUUUAAUCCAAGGGCCGUUAAAACUACUAAUAAAUUAGGUUUUAAUUUCAAGAAAGAUCGAAUUUCUGUACUCAGAAUAGACUUAACAUUAUCAGGCCAACCAAAAUCGCAAUAUUUUAUAACUUGAUACAAAAACCGUCCUUUUUCUUCAUCAGGAAUCGAUAAGUCUAGUUCUGGUUUUUUUUUGGAGUUAGAUUUUAUAAAUGACCUAGAUAAAAGAUCGGUAAUAUAUUUUCCCGGGAGAUACUCCACAGAAAAAUUAUACUUCAACAUUUUAAGUUUCAACCUUCCAAGUGCAGCUGUAAUCGUAUAAAUAUCUUUAUUAUGUCUUGCUACUACCUACGUGCCUACCAAACGCAAAGUGAUAGAGAUUUCUUAAUCAAAUUUGAGGCUAACCACACUCAGCUCAGUCAUACUUCUAGAACAAAAUGCCUUGUAACAGACCACUGCCUAUCUCAUUUUGACUAGCAUCAGUCUGAAUUUCUAAAGGUAAUUUGCAUCAAAUAUUUGCAAAGUCGUUAUCUGUGAAACUAAAUUUUUUAUUUUUGAAAACGUUAUAGAGUGAUCUUUGGUGCAGUUGAAUUUCCGUAACCAAGAAAAAUCAAAAUAUCCAUCUGUUGGGUCUCUGCCAGAGCAAAAGUCAUCUUAAUCUUAUGAUACUUACUAUAAUUAAUAAAAAAAAUAUAUAUAUUAAAAAUUAUAACGUGUAACGGAAAAGCGAUAAAUCUGGCAACACUGCUGUCAGGUAUUUUAUCGUUCCAGCUUUGGCAGUUUUCGACAUAUUUAAGCGUUCAGUUACUUUUUAUUAACCCUGUAUGUUUCACUGUUGUCGGAAACUGCGAGGACUUUAGAUCGGUCGACACUACAUAAACUCACAAGGGAUUAAAAAAAAAAAUAGGAGCAAUAUAACACAUCAGUACUGAACAAAAUUAUAAAAGAGAUAACCUUGAAACUUUAUUUUUAGCCGUAGUGCUAGAGGUAAACGGUUAGUUAGGAACGCUACCUUCGGUUUCUAGCUAAAAGUUUAUGUCUAUAAGAAUAAAAGGUUGAUUGCAAUUAUGAGAAUCGGAUGUUUGACGUCGCUCAAUAUGCUGAUUGAUGAUACACCUAACAGACCGUCGGGUCAAAUUUUUAAUAUUUUAAAAUAAUCCUUCCCUAUUCUAUUAAAACAUUUUUUCCAUUAUCUCACUGGUGAAUAAAUAAGGGAUGAUAAUGGUUUUAUAAUGUUUGGAAAAUGUAUUCGUCUUCCCUUAUUUAUUGGGCAAAAUGGUGAAAAUUAACUAACUAAAACUUUUCAAAUGAUCGUUUCAAAUAAAAUAAAAUUAAUCUUCAAAUUUCGAAUAAUCUUUUUUUACUUUGUAAUUAUUUGAUUUUGUUUGAUUUACUUUUUAGAGUUUUAUUGGUUAGUUUUGGUUAGUUAUAUAUAUUUUGUUCAAGUUUUCUUUAUAUUGUAUUCCCAUAUUACAUUGAACAAAUUCAAAUUCCAAUUCCAAUUUAUAAUUUAAAAAUAAUCUUUUCUUCUUCUAUUAAAACACUUUUUCCAUCACCUUGAUGGCGAAUAAAUAAGAGAUAAAAAUGGUUUUAAAAUUUUAUGGAAUAUGUAUUCGUCGUCCUUUAUUUAUUGGGGAAAAUGUUAUCAGCAAACUCUUUUUUUAAACUAAUUAACAGAGAUCAUUUUAAAUUUUAAAAUAGAUAAAUUUAAUCCUUAAUCUUUUUUUUAAUCAGUAAAAAAUUCAAAUAUGUAUUUUGUUUAAACUUGAAAACUGUAAUCAAUUUAUUUUAAAAUAAUCUUUUCUUAUUCUAUUAAAACAUUAAGAGUGCUUAUAUAUUGGACAAAAUUGGGAAAAACGUUACGAGAACAAACACAUUUUUUUAACUAACUUAAACUUUUCAAGCGAUCGCUUUCAAUGAAUUUAAAUUUAAUCUUCAAAUUUGGAAUAAUCUUUUUUUAAACUGUGAUUAUUUUAUUUUUACAGUUUUAUUGGUUGAAAUAGCAAAUUUAAAUAUAAAUUUUGUUCAAGUUUUAUUGAUGUCUCCAAUUUAAUUAUUAUAAAAUAAUCUUUUUCAUCAUCUUAAUGGAGAAUAUAUAAGAUAAGAAUGGUUUUGUAAUUUUCUAGAAAAUCCCUUAUAUAUUGGGAAAAAUAGUAGCAAAUGUUAUAAGAGCUAACACAAACUAACUAACCAAAACAUUUCAAAAGAUCAUUUUAAAUAAAAAUUUUCAAAUUCGGAAUAUUUUUUUUUAAUCUGCAAUUGUUUGAUUUACAUUUAUCGUCAAUCGUUGCAAAUUGAGGAACGUCAAAACAACCGGAAAUGCACAUUUUUAUCACUAGGAACGUGUCAUUGAGUAACUAACGAAAAUCAAUUAUCAUCGUAAUAAAAAAAAUCGAAUGAUGCGCAGAAUUGAUCUCGUGAUGAAAAACACCUGGUGAAUAAGUGUUAUUUAACAGUGUGAUAUUAUUUAAUAUUUUAAAUUUUUUGUUUUUAUAAUAAUUGUUAGAAUUAAAAAAGAAAAGAUGCAUUAUUUAAAUUUAGUGCCUGUCCUUCAGCUUGAAAACGUGUACAUAUAUUUUUUGUUUUGAUUUUUAUAUUUUUUUUUGUAUUUAUUGUAUUAUUGUUCCUGGUAUCUUUUUAAAAUAUAAAGUAGUUUUCUUUAAUCGAUUUUAAUGUUGAAAUAAUUGGUACGAAUCAAAAUGCAACUUAACCGGAAAAUUAUUUAUUUGCCCUGCCAGUUAUUUCGAUUCGCCUCAGAUUCGGCGGGUUUUUCGAAAAGCCGAUUUUAUAUUUUCGACGAAAAACGGGAAUCUGGAUAGUUCUUAAUUUAAGGUUUAAUCUUUAUUUUAUAGCUUGUCACUGUAAUUUAAUUUAAUGUUUUUAGUUUGUAAUAGGUUUAAACGCAAAGCAUUUAUAAACAUUGUAAAUAUGUAAAUAUGUACUUGACAGUUAGAAAUACAUUGUAAACGUAUUAAAUAUUUUUAAAAGUAAUUACAUUUUUGUAUUUUAAAUUGCAAUUUAAUGGGGCGCUUUUAGAAAUGUUUAAUAUCUUAAUUUCAGUACUUACAGAUAACAGAAUUUUGCAAUAGUGCCUUUGACGUGCCUACAGUAAUUUUAUAAAAUUCCGAAUUUUGUGGAUGAAGACAAAAGUAAUAAUAAUACUCUUUAAACGUUUGUAAAAUUGAUGAAAGUAUUACGUAGGAUAGGAAAUUUUAUGUAAAUUUUGUAAAGAAAAAUACAUAGAAAAUGGAAAAUGCUUUUGUAAUUAAAAAUGGAGAAUUUUAAGCUUAUUGAUUAAUAAAAUAAAGGAUAAAA